CGGAUAGGCAACUUAUGAAUCAUACCAUCAUCUGCUGCGUUUUGGACUACGACCCACGCGCAAUGCUCUCAACACCUGUUCCGCCCCCCUCCGUUGAGACAUAUUCCUGAUGAUGUCGAGCGUCUUGUCGAGCUUCCUCUGUCGAGCUGUCCGUUCUAUCCACGGAACUUUUCCACCCCUCUACACUCCCGGUCAGUGACCGACUCCGAUCAUCGCGCUCAGCCCUAGACGACAGGGGACACACCAUGACCAAAGGCUGCUAUACUUGCCGUCGCCGCCGGAUCGUAUGCGACAAUGGCUUGCCCACCUGCCGCAAGUGUCGCGAUGCGGGGAAGGAAUGUCUGGGAUAUCAGAAGCCCCUCGUCUGGGUAAAGGGAGGCGUUGCAAGCCGCGGGAAAAUGAUGGGUCGCAGCUACGAUGAUGUUGUGCAGAGUGCUGCGAAUCAGAAACAGGAUAGCCACAUCGACACCUCGUCUCCCUCUGCCACAGAGUCACCCGACUGCAUUGGACCCGCGCCGGCGCCCGAACAUAUCGACCAGGCGAUUGACAGCGUUGGAACUUACGGUCCGAGUCUCACCAUACAGAGUACCUCUCAGUCCGACUACAUCCCUGCACCAUGGGGUCUGGUGGAUCCAGUCUUCAAGGACCUAGACGGUUGGUCCCGACAUUACAUCGUCCAUUUCAGCCAAUACCUUGCGAAUUACCUCACUCUUUACUCCAACGGUCAAAACCCGUAUCGCGCUUUAAUUCCAUUAGUCGGCGACUCUUCUCUACUCGCCAAUGUGCUUUCAGCCACGGGUGCUUUGCACUACGCCAUUCUAGCCAAUGAGGAUUUCUCUCCGGGCCCAUGGAACGCGGAGAGCGCCGCCCCAGGAACAUUGCUAUCGUCAGAAGAUAUCGAACAAGCCGUUAUCGGCUCUGUGUCACGCCGACCGGCCUCGAAAGUCUAUGAACAUUUCUUGGGAUUUAAACAGCGCGCGUUACAGCAGUUGUCGCAAGACAUUCAGGAUCCCGUCAUGCGUCAUGACAAUCGCACUCUGGCCGCCAUUAUGUUACUGGCUCUGAUGGAUGCAUUUGAGUCCGGCGACGGGGCAUGGAAGUACCACCUCGAAGGGGCCAAGAAACUUUUGAAAACUCGCCAACAGAGGAAUUCGCAACAAAGCUUAGCCACCCAGGGGCUGGUCUCCUGGUUGGACGACUUUGCGAUCGACGGCAUUCUCAUUAUCCAACUCAUGGGCUCGACGCUGGCCCGUCCUGGCUCCCUUACGCGGCCAUUUUACACCUCAAGCAUGGGCCCGGCGGUGCUCAAGCGCCUCGAAGAGACCUCCUGGGUCGGCUGCCCUGGCUACCUUCUCGAAGUGAUUUUUCUCAUUCACGCGGGCCUCUACACGGAACAUGAAUCUCAUGAAUCUGACCACAGCCACGAUCUCCCUAAAAUGGUCUUUACGUCUCCACACCUUCCCGCCAACUUCAAUCCCCUGCAAUCCCCCGCCGCCCUGCUCGCCCAUAUCCAAGCCUUCGACCCCGCUGCUUGGGCAGAAUCCAUGCAAAGUUUCCUUCGACUCCCCGAUCUGUCCAUGCGCACCGCUCUCGCAACCAUCUACCAAGCUGCCGUCUACCUCUACGCCAGUCGCGCCCUGUCCCGCCUGCGCCUGGCAACCACAAAACAAAACCGCUCCCGCCACCGGAAACAGAACUUCGGCCUCCCCGCUGACCACGCGGCUGUCACCGACCUCCUCAUCCGCCAAAUUGCUCUCAUCCCCAUCGCCGACCCGCACUUCAAGUGCCUUAUUUGGCCCACCUUCAUCGCCGGCGCCGAGUGCGCCGACCCUGCCCUCCGCCCAUUCCUGUUGGACAAGCUUCGGUCGUUGUACUACGAUAUCACGAGCGUGAACGUGCGCAACGCCGCUUGGGUGCUGAGCCUGAUGUGGCGCAAGCGGGAUCAGAGGGCUGCAGAGCGGCGAGCGCGGAAGCAGCCGCGUCGGCAGCCAGACCCGACACUACCUGCGUAUCCCUGGACCUCUUCCACGGCAGAUCCGCCACUCGCCACUUCUGCUUCCACUACCACUAAUAAGAACUUCGAAAGUAAUGACAACGACCCUAAUGCUAAUGAACAAGGAGAAGAAGAUGAUGACGAUGACUUUGACUGGAUCCAGGAGCUAGAUGCCUCGAGGAUCGAUUGGCUGUUCAUUUGAGCUGCUUUCUUUCCUUUCCGCUCGUGAUGAUGUCGUCUAGCAGCACAAGAUACGGUUCGCGCAGGGUAUGAUCUUCUCUUUAUUAAAACAACUCAUUUGUACUGUACAUAGCUCAUAUUGUCUAUACGCUUGAUUAUAGACCCGCGCAUCGAUUGUGAGUGUCAGUAUAGAUCACUCUCUCAAUCAGCUCAAAGGAGAGAUUUUUGAAUUUGAGCAGCAUGCACAUGAACAUAAACCAGGG